AUGCGCACCGCUGCCCCAUGUGGGCUCCGGCCGUCAUCGGGCCCAGCUGAACAGCGGCACGUAGUCCCCUAGGUGGCACGACCCUGCUGCCAACUCGGCAGCCUCCGGUUUUGUUGUUGCCUCUCUUCUUCGGUCUUCCUAUCAGUGCACGUCGCCAUGGGCAAGAGCCGGACGAAGCGCUUCAAGCGACCUCAGUUCUCCCCUACGGGCGACUGUCAGGCCGAGGCUGCAGCGGCGGCGAACGGGACUGAGCGAGAGGAGGACGACGGGCCGGCGGCAGAGCUGCUAGAAAAGCUCCAGCACCCGAGCGCCGAAGUUCGCGAGUGCGCCUGCGCGGGACUGGCCCGCCUGGUGCAGCAGCGGCCGGUGCUCCCGGCACUGGCUCGCCGGGACGCAGUGCGCCGCCUCGGGCCGCUGCUGCUCGACCCUAGCUUGGCGGUGAGGGAGACGGCGGCCGGCGCGCUGAGAAAUCUCAGUGCUUGUGGAGGUUUUGAAGUCUGUGAUGACAUGGUGACUAAGGAUAUCAUGACUCCUCUGGUCGCACUGCUCAAAGAGUGUAGUGCUGGACUGGAUUCAAAUGAGAUGUCUCCACAGGAAAAAAAAGAGCAGAACAGAAAUUCUAUUGAAAACAUAGCCAAUGAGGCUGUGAACGUGCUGUGGAAUAUAUGUGAAUGCAGUAGUAGAGCAGUAUCUAUAUUCAACAAAGAAGGGUGUUUGGAGAUUGUGUUAAAGUAUUUAAGUAGGUUUUCCACCAAUGUUGACCUGGCUAUUUCAGUAGCAUAUUGUUUGCAGACAGUGACCGAAGAUAAUGCAGAGCUACUGAAAUCUUUCUGUGCCCCAGCAUUACAUAUGCUGGAAUCAGCAAUGCUUUCUCCUGUCAGUUCCAUGGAGUAUAUUCUAUUAAAGACAUUGAUAGCAGGCACAAUUUGGAAUCUGAAGGACAUCAUUCCAUCCAAGAGUCAGGCAGAGGUAAUAAAUGCCAUACUGAAGAUCUUAUCUGACAUUCUGGAAAUGGAUGCUGGUGAGACGGUGAUUCGAAUGAAGGAGGCCGAGACUCAGAGGUUAAAAACUGCUGCCGAGACUGAGGACGCAUUACAGAGUGCUAAUGGUGAUGAUCUGAUUGAAGACGAGGAAAUGGAAGAAAUUCCUCGUAGAAGAAAAGUCAGAAGGAAAACUUUCACUUCAGAUUUACUUCCACCCACCAACAAGGAGCUGAGAGAGGCCAUAGCACUGCUGACAGCUCAACAGACUGCUCUGGAAAUUAUUGUCAACAUGUGCUGCAGUGAAGAUCCCACUGACGACGAGUGGGAAGAGCUUUCCAGCAGCGACGAAAGCGAUGCAUUUAUGGAGGGUUCCUUCAGCGAAUGCGGUGGGCAGCUGCUGUCCCCCCUCUGCCUCUCCCACGAGGUUCACACCGCUCUCACCAACCAUCUCCUUCCCAAGAAGAUUUUUGAGAAAACUGCUUUUCCAAACAGCAUUGCAGUUGACAUGUGUUCUAGGAACCCCACUUGGAAACCUUUGAUUAGAAAAAUGAACACUGUACAGUGUAGAGCCCUCGUGUGUCUCCAGAGUCUUGUGUCCCUCCUGGAUGUGGACCAUCUGGGAGGACCUGCAGCCCUUCAGACACUUGCACAACAUCUGUCACAGCUGCUUUUUUCCCAGCCAGAUUUUGCUAAGCACGUUGACUUUUUAGAAGCCAUAAGUAGUGCCUUGAGGGCCCUUUUGCAAACAAUGGCCUCCAAGAACAUUUCUCAGUGCAUGACUCCUGACCAGCUGAUGACACUAUGUAAAGCAGGCAUCCACAGUAGUAACGUCGGGGUUAGAGUGAACGUGGUUAGUAUUUUAGGAAUCACUGGCAGCGUCCUAGCCAAAGAGGAUGGCACACUUGAAACUCUUAAGACCAUCGGGUGCUUUCUGCUCGAGGUUGCCACCAAAGAUCCCUCCCUUGUAGUAGCAGGAGAGGCUCUGGAUGCCCUCUUCGACGUUUUCGCAGAUGGUAAAGAAGCUGAAAGGGCCUCAAUUCAAAUUAAAUUGUUAUCUGCCCUGAAAGAGUUCCAGCCAGUCUUCAAAAUGAAGGGAACAGGGGGGCCCAAGGAGAAGAGAUGAACAGAACAGCCUGCUGGUGGAACUGUCAGAACACACACUUUAUCAGUUAAGUUCACCAUCUUAUAUACGUGCGGUUUGUGGUUCCCCAAAACAAUUACAAUAGUAAAGACCAACGAUCACUGAUCACAGAUCACCGUAAUAAAUAUAAUAAUAAUGAAAAAGUUUGAAAUAUUGUGAGAGUUAUCAAAAUGUGACACAGACAUGAAGUGAGCAGAUGCUGUUGGAAAAAUGGCACCAAUAGACUUUCUCUCACAGGGUUGCCAUGAACCUUCAAUUUGUAAAAAGCGCCGUUAUCUGUGAAGCGCAGUAAAACGAGAUACGCCUGAUUUAACUUAUAUAUUGGACAUGAGCAAUUUUAGCUCUCUCUUCUCCGUAUUCAUAAAUUCUUUGUUUUCAGCAACAAAAAAGUUGUCCUAGUUUAAACCAUCCUUUUUGAGGAGCACAGCACUCCCUCUCCUUGCCUUUUUAUUUUUACACAGAUUCAUCAUAUGUAGCUAGUCCAUAUAUUGUCCCCUUCAAAAUAAAAUCUGUCAUUGCCUCUGUCUUGUUACUGCUUAGAUGCCUUUCUAAGCAUUUAUUUCAAUUUCAAGGAGACUGUGACACUGACGGAUUGUCUGCUACCGAAGAAAUUCUUGGUCCUUUGGAUGAUUCUGCCCCAGGACUUGGAUUGUGGAGUCAACACAAAGUCAAGGGUUAGUGAGAUGUUUAUGGUGGAAGAAGAGGCCUGUGGUCACACUGGUGUCCUCUUUUGGGGGGCAGCUUCUCAUUAGACAGUUCCUAUGGCCGCACCAGGUCCCUGCUGCCCUGUGCCUGCAUUUCCUUUUAGAACCUGAUCCUCCCACCCUCUCAUUGAUUUUGUGAGCUACCCUACAACUUUAUAAUAAACUGUAUUUUUGAAAGCCA